AUGAGUUUGGAAGAGCGUCGCGCUCUCGAAGCGCUAAAAGAGGACACCAAUACCAUAGAGGACUGCCAGGAAGACUUCGAAGAUAUGAGCUUUGGCGAUAUAUGGAAUGGGACCGAGUCACUCGCCAUCAGUCACGCUGGUGGCGAGUUCACUGACCUUGCAAGAGAGGUUUUAGGAGACUUUUGGAAAAUCAACAAUCGUGUACAACGCGUGGAUAAAUGCACCCGUCGUGAUCGCGUCCUCUGCAGGAACAAUGCGUUUGCUGAGCAGAUGGUUGUGAUGACCGACGCGUACCUUGUGUGGAGUCUGACCAAAUGUGAGGACGCCUUCAGAGGUUUUUUUGAGAGAUUGGAGAAGGAAGGGUUGGGGAGUGACUCUAACUGUGGCCAAUGGUCAAUCAGCAUGAUAGACGUGUUCUACGCUGAGAAAGUCAGUCUUCGAAUCUUGUCAACAGACGCCACCAUCAGCUCUGCGCUGGUCCGUCAAGGCGUAAUGCCGUGUUCUCCUAUAUCGCCAACCGUGGGCAUCACCACCGAAGCACUCGACUUAUAUCGUGUAGCACAUCUCAGGAGUCCUCAAUUGUCAAUUCAAGCGUUCGUAAAAACUGUUGCAUUCCACAGACACUUAUCUCGUCAGUUCUCUAUUGCAUUCGACUUAUAUCUUCAAGUUCGACGUUCCGUGGCAGCCAUGGUAGCUGAGUCAUUACAACGUGACUCACCCGAUUUUCGCCUGAAACACGCCUGCCCCGCAUGCACAUACAUACUAAUGGAUGAACACAAGUUGACUUUUAGCUUGCUUUACGCCAUGGACGGCAACGACUCUUUAAAAAGAGUCAUUCGAAGAUCUCUAGAUACUGACGACUCUCUCGGCGCAUCUUCAGAGCUUCCAACUGGACAGCAACUCACAAGCAACCGCUAUCUAUCUCGCACUUAUGUAGAUCAGUUCGCGCGGGACUCCGCUACUGCGGAUGAUGAGGUUAUACAUGCCGAGAACUCGUGUGAAGGACGCUGGAAGAAUAUGGACGAUACAAAGACGAAGAAAGCAUGGGGUAUUUACGAUGAGAUGGGCAUUUUUGUGGCCGUGUGCCGACAUGGAUUCACUCUGCUCGUUGCAGAUAUGAUACAGAGUGGCGAGCUUGCGAAGUAUCCGUUGGCCGUUGUUUCGAAGUUGCUGGAGGUAUUUGGAAGCAAUUUGGGUGGCGGGUAUGACAUCGGUUGUCAAUUCAGGACCACGCUCGAUAAUAGUUCUAUUGGACCCCUUGCACGGUCUCUGCAUCACACUUGCCUUGUCGGCGCCUUCCACGGACAUGCGCACAGCGUAUUCCAUCGACAACAAGCCAUCGACACAUAUUUCGAACACAACGAUGACUUCGAAGUGUAUGCCAAUCUAUCCGAUUUUUUAUACAACAACUACAGGCAAGCGCUCGACAUACUGAAUGAUGGUAGCACGACCCUACCAAACCUUAUGCGGGAUCUCAAAGUCGCAGACGAGACUGUGUUCGAGCGCUGGCUGGAGGAAGAGAAGGUAUAUCUACAAGGUCUGACGCAAGAACCUGCGGACGAAACGUUGCAGAUGGAAUACUGGAAAACGCUGGCAAAUCUUGCUGCGAGCAAGGAGGCUCUGGAUGCUGCAAUGACAGCGUUCCAGGACUCAUCUCACCUCGAGGGUGCAUCAUACGAUGGGCAGGUAAAAAAUACCCGCAAAGCCGAGAGUGCGCGACGGCACGCUCUUGAGGAUUACGACAGGCACCUGAAACUCGCUCAAGUACUCGAGUGUAAGCUGGAGGUCGAGAAACGCUGGGUGGCAGAAGACGCGCAGUGGCAGAAGGUUGGAAGACUCGUGGCAAACCGGAAAUACCAGCGUGCUCUGGAUCGUCUCGAGGGAUUGAUUGUUGCCCGCAUAUUUGAGUUGACAAAGAUGAACCGAGCGGGUACAGGGUAUAAACUACGGAAGCAUAUCGCUAAAGCACUCCAGGCUCGUUCCAUCGCCAUUAGAUCUGCACUUACCACGUACAACUCUAUCGCCAGCUCGAUGUACCCUGCCCGCAAAACCCUAAAGUGGGAAGAGGUCGUCGAAUAUGUGUUUCUCGCUGAUUUUGACCUCUUGCGCGACACGCGUGCAGACAUCUCUCAACGGCCUUGGGCAUCGGCUGCUGCUCGCAGAGCGAUGGAUCUCUAUUUCAAGAUGUGUCGGGCGCGGGAGGAAAUUCAGCGCUUGAAUGUGGAGGUACGGCGCCUAGUGACGUACAUUCAAGACGAAGACAAAUAUCUGCGGGCGUGCGAGGAUCAGUUGAAGUCUGUCAGUCCAACUCUCGCCAACCAAAUCGCUAUACAUCGCAAUGUUCGAGGACGGUUUAAUUCGCGUCACCUGAAGCGGCUCUAUGACAUUUCGAACCUUCCUGGCUUCAGCGGGACCAUAGCCCCAGGUAUGAGCACUAAUACAGGUCUUGGAGAAAGCUCCAGUACACCCAACGCGCAGGUCCCAUCACAACUACUGGCAGGGCACCCACCUUUUAAUGAUAGACGAUCUGCAGUGGUGCCGGAUACUCCAGAUGACUUGGAUGAGGAGGAACAGGAAGAGGAGGUGGAAGAGGAGGCAUCGAGAAGCCUGCAGGAUGUCCUCCGUGUCGCCGAUGAUUUCUCGCGUCUGGAACUUCAUGACCACGCUGAUGAAGAGUAG